AUGUCACUGAAGCUAAGAAAGCCAUCAACCCCAAAUAAGAAUGGAAACAAAAUAAAUGGACCUUCUUCAGGAAGUGGCUCCAAAAAGAAGCAACUGUCUCUUAUGUCAUUCUUCAAGCCUGCUACUAAACCUGGGCAAGAAUCUUCACCAUUAAAAAGUAAAAUUAACAAUGAAGUUAAGGAUGGAAGCGAUAAAGAGAAUGAGAAUAGUAUGCUAGAAGAUACCCAAUUAACAGAUACACCUUUAACUUCCGAAACUAGUGCCGCCGUGGAUACGACAUGUAAAAUUUCAAAUCCAGAAUUCCCAAAGUCUUCACCAGUUAAGGAAGAGAAGCAACAAGAAAUCCCUAAAAAACCAUUAUCUGACUCCUCAAAUAAUGCUGUCCUUAAUUCGAGCCCAGUCUCGAAACGUCGCCCUAACAAAUCCAUUAGCUAUGCGGGAUCAGAUGUUGAAGAGGAUACUAAUAUCUCUAGUGUAUCCCGCAAAAGAAGAAAGAUAGUGGAAAGUGAUGAUGAUGAAGACGAAUUUAAUCUGGAAGAUGUGGAAGACGAUCAAGAUGAUGAUAUGAGUGAUUUUAUUGCGGAUGAUAACGAAGAGAGUGAAAUAGAAAAUGGUGAUGACGACGAUGAAGACGUAGUAGAAGAAGAAGAGAUCGCUAUAAGAAAAUCGAAAAAGAAAAGCAAAACUGUUGCAAAAUCAGAAGUAAAAGAAGGUAAUGUGGACUCCGUAUCACCUGAUAGAAGUUCAUUAGGCAGCAAGUUUAAAGCGAAUUCUUCUUAUAUCGCAUCGUCAAAUUCAUUACCGAAGCCAAAAGUUUCAAGUCCAUCUUCCACAACAAUCAAGAAUAAUAAAUUUUCAAAAGAAAACGAAGAAAGGUAUCAAUGGUUGGUUAAUAUUAAGGAUGCCGAAAAGAGAACACCUGAUGAUCCUAAUUAUGAUUCAAGAACGUUGUUUGUUCCUUCAUCAGCGUGGUCAAAAUUUACUGCUUUUGAGAAACAAUACUGGGAGAUUAAAUCUAAAAUGUGGGAUACAGUUGUUUUCUUUAAGAAAGGAAAAUUUUAUGAAUUAUACGAAAAUGAUGCAAUGAUUGCAAAUUCUCAAUUUGAUCUAAAAAUUGCAGGUGGUGGCAGAGCCAAUAUGAAAUUAGCAGGAAUUCCAGAGAUGUCUUUUGACUACUGGGCUAAGGAAUUUAUCAAUCUGGGCUACAAAGUUGCUCGUGUGGAUCAAAAGGAGACACUAUUGGCGAAAGAAAUGCGAGGAGGCUCGACUAAGGAAGAAAAGAUUAUUAAAAGAGAAUUAACAGGAGUAUUGACAGGGGGAACUUUGACAGAUUUAAAUAUGAUUAGUGAUGAUAUGUCCAUUUAUUGUUUGAGUAUAAAAGAAGAACAGUUAGAUGAUGGUAGCAAAGUCUUCGGUAUUGCUUUCGUUGAUACUGCAACAUCCGAAUUAAAUUUAAUUGAAUUUUCUGAUGAUAAUGAAUGCACCAAGUUGGAUACUCUCAUCACUCAGAUUAGACCUAAGGAAGUUUUAUGUGAAAAAAAUAAUUUAUGUUCCAUUGCUAAUAAGAUCUUGAAAUUUAAUGCACACAAUUCUAACCAAAUUUGGAAUAACUUAAAUCCAAUUUCUGAAUUUUGGGAUUAUGAUUCAACCUUAGAAAAUUUGGUUAAGAGUAAAUACUAUGAAGCUGAAGAUUUAGAUGAUUAUUCUCAUUUUCCUAAGAUUUUAGUUAACUUCAAAGAUAAUCAUAAAUGUGCAUUCAAUGCAUUUGGAGGUUUAUUAUAUUAUUUGAAGUCAUUGAAAUUGGAUGAAAGUAUCAUGACUUUAGGCAACAUUGAUGAAUACGUUAUUUCAAAAAUACUUCUAAACAUUUAA